AAUAAAGGCAUGUUCAGUUUUAUAUCUGUAGUCACCGUUCAUGAUGAGGCAUGCGCAUUUCACUCUGACUUUGAUAAACACUGCUAUGCACUGCAAGUUGACGUAAAUCUCAAACACAGUCGCUUAUUCUUCUUCCUCUAUUAUUAUUUAUCAUCAGAAUUAUAUUACUCAGAAAAAUGUCGGCUAUGUUAACUGCUGAUUGGUUUCCUUUGGGCCGAGACGUGUACUUUAGAAAAUUCGAACUCUAUCCAUUAUCUUUCCAACAUGAGGUUUCGAAUAAUAAUUUUUUAGUAGCAGCUCCUUAUGGAGGUUCCAUUGCAAUUACCAGGAAUCCAAAGAAAUUGGUUAAAGUUCAAGGAACCAGUAAACCUAUGAUAUAUUUAUACACAUCGUCUGGAAAAUUAACAGCCAAGUUACAAUGGAGCGGUGGGCAGUUGGUUUAUCUAGGUUGGUCUCAGCAAGAAGAAUUGUUAUGUAUACAAGACGAUGGUAUGGUUCACAUAUACGAUAUGUUUGGCACUUAUCAACAUGCCUUUACCAUGGGAAAUGAAGUGAAAGAUACCAAAGUUGUAGAGGCAAAGUUCUUUGUCAGCUACACUGGUACAGGUAUCGCAGUUUUGACCUCUACUAAUCGUAUAUUCCUAGUGAAUAACGUGGUGGAACCAAAAGUUAGACAAAUAGAAAUUCCCAGGCACGGAGGCUCCAUAGAUUGUUGGUGUUUAGUACUUUGCGACAGGGAAUCUCGUGUAAUUUUAUCAAACCGAGAUGGAAUAUUUGUUGUACAUCAGUCGUAUCAAAACGCAGUCCACGUACCAUUUGACAAUAUCUUCAGCAGACAUAAUAAAAUAUACAGUGUAAUAGCCAUGGCUGUGUCUGGAAAUAAUCGUCAUAUCGCUCUUUAUACGGAUACCGGUCAUUUGUACAUAGGUUCUGUUGAUUUUAAGAAAAAAUAUUGCGAGCAUUAUACCAAUAUGAAAGAACCAUUAGAAAAUAUAGCAUGGUGUGGAACUGAAGCUGUAGUAUGCAGCUGGAGUAGUACCGUAAUGGUGGUCGGUCGAACGGCCGAAGUAAUAAUGUACACUUACGACGGUCCGGUACAUCUUGUUACAGAGAUUGAUGGUGUGCGUGUACUGUCUGGUUCUUCUCAUGAAAUGAUACAGAAAGUACCGAGCGUUGUUCAAAAGAUUUUUGGUAUUAAUUCAACCGAUCCUGCGUCUUAUCUUUUGGAAGCUUCGAAACAAUUUCAGAAGAAGAGCCAUAAAGCUGACAGUUACAUAGAUUUGGUUAAAGAUAAAUUAGACGUAGCGGUGAAAGCUUGUAUCGAUGGUGCUGGUCAUGAAUUUCAUUUUGAAACGCAAAAGCUUUUAAUGAGAGCAGCCAAAUUCGGAAAAGGCUUUAGCAAAACAGUCAAUCCUGACUAUUAUGUUAAUAUGUGUCGAACGUUGAGAGUUUUGAAUGCGGUUAGACAUCCUGCGAUUGGAAUUCCAUUAACGUAUACUCAAUUUACUGUUUUAACGAGUCAAGUAUUGUUAGAUAGGCUCGUUGCGAGGAGACACUAUUAUUUAAGCAUACAAAUUGCACGACAUCUUCAGUUACCUGAAAUCGAAGGAGAAAGUCGAAUAUUAGCUCAUUGGGCUUGUUAUAAAGUCAAACAAACACAGUUGGAUAAGGAGCAAAUAGCAGAAGAAAUAGCCGAUAAAUUAGGAUACGCGCCCGGAGUUUCUUACAGCGAAAUUGCAAAACGAGCAGCCGAUUGCGGUCGAAAACAGCUAGCUAUCAAACUGAUAGAUUAUGAACCACGUGCACACCAACAGGUACCGCUUUUAUUAACGCUUGGAGAAGAAAGAGCUGCUUUAAGCAAAGCCGUUGACAGUGGAAAUACUGACUUGGUUUAUACAGUGAUACUUCACCUCAGGGAAAAUAUGACGCUCAGCGACUUCCAGAUGUCCAUAAGCCGUUGUCCUUUAGCGAUGGCCUUAUACAUUAAAUAUUGUCAAAAUCACAAUCGGGAAACACUUCGAGAUAUUUAUAAUCAGUACGAUGACUUUCAUUCUCAAGCGAUAUGGUUUAUUACUGAAAGUUAUCAGCGAAAGAAUUCAAUGGCAAGAGAAGCUUUAUUGCAGUCUGCUCAAGAAAAUUUCAAGUUAGCUCGUAACGAUACCAACGCGGCUUUGACAGAGGAACAAAUAAAAUUGUUACGCUAUCAAAGAUCUUUAGAAGAUAUAUUACACGAAUCGAUCGUUGGAAAACCGCUUCACGAUACAGUACAGAUAUUAUUGUCACACAAUGAAUUAAAAUUGGCAGAUAAAUUGAGAUCGGAAUAUCGAAUAUCAGAUCGAAGAUAUUGGUGGUUACGAAUACAUUAUUUAGCAAAAGAGGAUAUGUGGAGUGAACUAGAAAAGCUUUCUAAAAGCAAAAAAUCUCCCAUUGGUUAUGAGCCAUUUGUAGAUCAAUGUUUGAAAUAUAACAAAGAAAGAGAGGCAAAGAAAUAUUUACCUAAAGUAAAAGAUGAGCUGAAAGUGAAAUACUUUGUCAAACUAAAAAUGCUAAACGAAGCGGUUCAAACAGCAGUAGAACAAAAAAAUGUUUCAGCAUUAAAGUUUGUCCUGGCACAAUGUAAUGCAUCUGAUAGACAGUUAAUUGAUAAAAUUAACAUGUAUAUAACAAGUCUUGAAAACUAACAUUUUAUUAAUAUGAUUUCGAAUCAUUAGUUAAAAAAUUGAGAUAUGUUCAUCAGAAAGUAAUUUUCUAGAUACAUUUAAGUGAAAACAAUUUAAAACAAGUUAAAUUCUUUUUAAAGGUGCAUAUUUGUAUAAGUAUACACGUACACGUGUAUGCACAUCUGUAUGUAAAUAUUAUUACUAUAUAUAAAAUAAUGAGAUCAGAACCUAUAAUAGAUCUCUUAAAUAUCUCGGUAUAUUAAUAUAAUUAAUUUAAUGUAUAUACAUACAUAUAUAUACAUAUAUGUAUUAAAUCUUUCUAAACUUAACAUGUAAUGGGAAUAUUCAUCAACUACUUUCUCCUGUAGACUUUAUGAAAUUUUGGUGUCUGUCAACAAGAUCAUUGACAAUUAA